ACCGGACGACUCGGUGUAUGACAGCGUAGCUAACUAACACUAGUCACGAAAGUGUGGGGACUCUUGUUAUGAGAUUAAUAUUCAUUCAGUAAUUACGAAGUUUUAUCGCUCUUGUUAAUUUACGCAUAUAGCAGCUUUGGAGAUAAUCUUAAAGGUAUGCUAACAUGUGGAAGACGAGCGAGCUAACAAGCUAGCAGCGGUAACGGUAUUUUGGGUUUACUGAUGUUAAACAGUCCGCAGCUGGCUCAGUUGGCUCGUGUGAAUGGCUCAGCUAACAAGCUAACGAUGACCAGUGGGUCAAAGCCGAAGACUUUCUGGAAAUAGACUUAAAGAGGAAUAAGCGAAGAAGCAUGGGGAGUUACAGGGAUGUGAUUUCAAGCACGGGCUGUUCUUUACAACAGGACAUCCACGGUGUAGGAUUAGCUUGUUGUCUCCGUGGAUUGACGACAUUUGCAUCCUCCAACCGCCUCAAACACGGGCGUCGGUGAUGCUGUCCACCGCUGGCCAAAUGGGACAGAGCACCCAAACUUCAUUAUAAACCAUGAAAAGCUGCGAGUAUCAACAAAUCGACCCCCAGGCACUUCCGACGCCCACCCCGACCCCUCCGCCUCACCAGGGACACGACGGUGACAGGAGAGAGGAGCCGAAGAGACCCAGGAGGAAAUGGGAAGUUUUCCCCGGGAAGAAUCGCUUCUACUGCGAUGGACGGAUCAUAGCGGCCCGACAGACUGGGGUCCUACCCCUAACCCUGGGCCUUAUUCUCAUCACAAGUGGAUUAUUCUUUAUAUUUGACUGUCCCUUCCUGGUCCAACACCUGACCAGCUGCAUACCUGUUAUUGGAGGAGGCCUCUUUGUGUUCGUGCUCAUCACCCUGCUCCAGACCAGCUUCACUGACCCUGGCAUUCUGCCCAGAGCGACGCCAGAUGAGGCAGCAGACACUGAAAAGCAGAUUGACAACACUGGAAACACCAGCUAUCGGCCUCCACCACGCACCAAGGAAGUCCUCAUCAACCAGCAGGUGGUGAAGCUGAAAUACUGCUUCACCUGCAAGAUGUUCCGGCCUCCGCGCACCUCUCACUGCAGCCUGUGUGACAACUGUGUGGAGCGAUUCGACCAUCACUGCCCUUGGGUGGGGAACUGUGUGGGAAAACGCAACUACCGUUUCUUCUACACCUUCAUCGUGUCGCUCUCCUUCCUGACGGCGUUCAUCUUCGGCUGUGUGACCACACAUCUGGCACUAAGGGCUCAGGGUGGCAAAGGCCUGGUGUUUGCUCUACAAGAGAGUCCAGGCAGCGCAGUGGAGCUGGUGAUAUGUUUCUUCUCAGUUUGGUCCAUCUUGGGCCUCUCAGGCUUCCAUACAUACCUGGUUGCUUCCAACCUGACCACCAAUGAAGAUAUCAAAGGCUCCUGGUCGGGGAAGAGUGGAGAAGGAGUCACCAACCCGUACAGUCAUAGAAACAUCUUUAUCAACUGUUGUUCUGUGCUCUGUGGACCAUUGCCACCCAGCUUGAUUGACAGACGAGGUUUUCUGCCCGCAGACGAAUCUGCCCAGACAGCCGGUGCGGACAUCGAACUGCCCACUGUGGCCACUAAAAGCGAGAUAAACGUGGUAGGAGGACCUUCCAAGCUGGCUUAUGACUCCCACCAAAACUCUUCCUCUGCCUGACAGAAGCCUUGUUGCCUGCUGUAGCUCCAACCCAGCAUCUGUCUGCUGCCUGUUGUUGACUGUUAUGUAUGGGUUAAUUUCUACUUAUACUGUAUUUACACAACAGUCAGAGGAAGGGUUGGGUAUGAGAUUUUUAUUGUAACUGUCUGAGAAAAUAACCCAGUAUACAGUUUUUACACAGUGAUUAUCAGUUAGGAUAAACCUCAAAGGAAUGAAAACAGAGGGCUUUUUGUUAUUUUUGUUGACGUAGAAGAUUUAUGGUGUACGCUGGCAUCAUUUGAAUUAGUUCUUCGUUCUGUCCUUUCAGAGAGUGAGAUGAGAAGAUCAAUAUCAAUCUCAUGUCUCUCUGUUAAAGCUAGCCUGUUAACUUUUGCUCAACAGCAGCCAUAGGGCCUGCAGGGUUCACACUAGACUCAGAAGUGCCUCGGAGCACAGCGAUUUGUCUUUUGGCGUCCCUGUUUACCAAUUAGGCUGUUCACUCUGGCCACAGUGUUGAGCUCUGGGACCUGCUUGCAAUCUGCAGAAAUAGUUAUGACACUUGGUGUACUUUUAAUGUGAGCACGAGCAAAUCUGCAAAGAAAACACUGACAAUCUUUUAUGAACAAUAUCAAGGAUAUAAUAAAUUGGAGAAUAUGUCUCCCAUGCUUACUUAUUCCACACAUUUGUAAAUUGUGUCUCAGAGAGUGAGAAAGACGAGCAGACACACACAUUCACACACAUGAGCAGACAGACCUCUAUGUGUGAUUACAAAAAAGCAAAGCAGCAGAAUAGUUUCUGACCAGCGCAGAGACAUGUGCGUCUGGUGUGAACAGUUAGGGUGACUGCUCGUGUGACAUAUCAGGGUGCUUCCACAUCCAGUGAGAGCAUGGCAUUAAUAUGCUGUAAUAGCAAAGCAGUGUAACAGUUGCUUAAAUUGAGAAGGCAGACUGACUCAGUAAUGUUAAUUCUGCAGCAAUAUCCCUUAUGAUCUGCUAACAUUAACCUCCAUAGGCUCCUGGUCUUACUCGACAAAGUAAGGCUGUAGCAGCAAAACCUCUGAGUGUGCUGAAUUGAGCUUGAGUGCAUUUUAUUGCCUGUGAUUUCAUUUUCCUUUUGGACAGAGCCAGGAUAGCUCCCUAUUGCAAGUCUUUAUGCUAGGCUAAGCUAACCGGCUGCUGGCUACAGCUUUAUUAAGGUGCAGAAAUGAGAGUGGUAUCUAUUCUUUCAUCUCACACGGGGGCAAAAAAAGCACAUAAGCUUGUUUUAAACAAAGCUAUACUAUUAGUAUUGUGUGGUUGGCUGUUGGCUUUGUUAGUCUGAUGAGUUUAGACACCUGCUGCGGGCGGUUCAUGCACUUGUGCACAGUUCAGUUAUGUUUAUGUCAUGGAAAUGAACAAGUCAAGCUUAUGGAAUUCUUUGUUCCUUUAAAUUAAGCAACAGGGAUACCGUUUACUAUAUGUUUGUUAUUUUUAUCACGUUUGUCACAUGCAGUAUGUUGACUCAGGGUGGUUUAUGAGGGACGAGGAGAGCAGGAGCUGUUUCCAGAGCGUCCUUCUUUCUUGUUCUCUCUGGCGGCGUGCAUUAUAAAAGAAACCUGGAAAGUUGUACAGCAACUUUUGUUUACAAGACUGUGGUUCAGAUAGAGUUGCAGUCUGAACCACAGUACUCUCAUAUCGAGCGGCAGAGCAGCUGCUGUUUGGCAUUUUGGAAGACAAACAGCUCUUUUAUGUUUACACCAAAAUAACAGGACAGCCAUAAAACAAAAUGUUAUGACUAUAACUUCUGUUCGCUGAAGGAGAGGAACAAGGUACAACACAUGUACUAUGAAUAGCGGUAUCUUUAGGUAGGUCAGGAGGGGCGUGAUAUCCUAUAGUAUCUGUGUUGUACCGAGUGAAUCGACUCAAAAUGAACCUUUUUUUUAUUUGUGUAUGGAGCAAACUGAGAGCCAGUUGAAGCCGUAGUGUGUCUAGUCUGAAAUGAAUUUUGUUGUCGGGUUUGAUGAGUGUUUAAAAAUAGUCUUUUGAAUUCAGUUGAUACACCGGCGAAGCUGUGAGGAAGCUUUUUCUGCGCCAACACUUUGUUUUUUAUUCUGUGUUGGUUCACUUUCUCCCGUCUCAUAUUUACAGUCUUAUUUGUUUGCAUAUAGAAGGUCAAAGUGCCAAAUUGUGACACAUCAAGCCGAUCCGCAUUGUUUCCCUCCAUGCCUUUAUGUCUUGAUUUAUUCAUCCUGAUUUUUUACAUCUAUUUUUAAAUGUAAAUAUAAUAAAACAUGCAUUUUUGUUCAUGCAAUUCAUCA